CGUCAUAGCCCAUGGAAGCUUAGCUCGUGGACUGAAUUAUUGCCAAGUAAUGAAUUUGGUCCUGUCAUUGCUGAGCAACGUUUUUUUUCUACUUCGAUUGUCGGAAUCAAGGCUUUACGCCAUAGACACUGGGUCACAUCCCGACUUCAGCUGAGGCGGAGAAAUACAACCACAGCAGAACGACUCUUAACCUUGCUCGUCGAGUCAGGGAUCAUUUACUGUCUUUCUGGUAUAACGGUUCUAAUUGCUACUGUGAUUCGACUUCCCUUUGGUACUCCCGGCGACGUCUACACUCCGGUCAACGUCCA